UUCCACUUUUGUAAUCCUUCUUACAUCCUCGCACGAUCAAAAUCCAGACUUGAGAAACCCUAAUUUGAUAUUUUUUCUCCUCCAAAUUCGAAAAUCCUUCUCCCCGUGAUCUCACCAAUUGAUUUCAAUCUGUACCUUUCUCUGUAAAUUAAGGUUCAAUAAACGUUUGAUCAAAUGACGCAAGGCGAAGUACAGUUACAGCCACCGGAUUCACAAAAGCUAAGCGAUUCCGCUCCCUUAUUAGGAGGAACCUCCCCAUCUUCUUCGUCUUCCUCCUCCGCGUUAGAAACUCCCGAUCACCACGAGAUAAACACCGCCGCCGAAGAAGAAGAAGAAGAAGAUCUAGAGAGCGGCGGCUCAUCUUCAUCUCCUUGCUGCCGAAUCUGUCUCGAGAACGACGACACCGAUCUGCUAGGCGACGAGCUGAUAUCGCCGUGCGCGUGCAAAGGCACUCAGCAGUUCGUGCACCGCUCGUGCCUCGAUCACUGGCGAUCGGUCAAGGAAGGGUUCGCCUUCUCUCACUGCACCACCUGCAAAGCUCAGUUUCAUCUUCGCGUCGAGCCUUUUGAGGAUAACAACUCGUGGCGGAGGAAGGCUAAGUUUAGGCUCUUUGUCGCUAGGGAUGUGCUUUUGGUCUUCGUUGCUGUGCAGACUGUUAUUGCCGUGAUGGCUGGAUUUGCAUAUAUAAUGGACAAAGACGGAGAGUUUCGCAACUCUUUCAACGAUGAUUGGGACCGUAUACUGUCAAAACAUCCCAUCCCGUUCUACUAUUGCAUCGGGGUUGUAACCUUCUUUGUACUGAUUGGCUUUCUCGGGCUCAUUCUACACUGCUCUUCUCUCAACGGUAAUGACCCGAGGAUGGAUGGGUGUCAGAACUGCUGUUACGGAUGGGGGAUCUUGGACUGUUUCCCUGCGUCGAUGGAAGCUUGUUUCGCUCUUGUUAUCGUCUUUGUUGUCGUCUUCGCUAUUCUUGGUUUAGCGUAUGGCUUUCUUGCCGCGACGAUGGCUAUUCAGAGGAUAUGGCAAAGGCAUUACCAUAUUCUCACCAAGCGAGAGCUUACGAAGGAGUACAUUGUGGAGGAUCUCCACGGGUGUUACACUCCCCCGAAGCUGGAUGCAGAGCAUGAAGGAAGGCUGAAGAUGUUGAAACUUAUGUGACCGGUCUUUAGUUGCAAAUAAAAAGGUUAUAAUAUGGAGUUUAUGGCACAAGAACAUCUUUGUUUUUCUUACAAGUAAGUGCCUGGUGAACACAUUACUGCUUUAGUAGUGAAUAACUAAGUAUAUUGAGAUCCAAAACUACAAAUAUAUGACUGUUCUUUCACUGUUAUUAUUUCAUGAUUCUUUAGCUGA